GCCCCGCCCACAAAUUAACAGGAAAUGAGUUCUUUGUCGGACGAAUCGCACUGCACAUGAAACCAGUCCAGACACAGCACCGAAUCUGGAACUUGUACGUUCGGAUCAGCCAGUCAUUCUUUACUUGCGCUUUUAUGAUCAGUCCACUUCGUCAGCGUUUGGAGUAAAGGGAAAAAGAUUAAUUUGCAGAAAAUACCUGCUAAAUAGAGACAUUCUCAACGCUGUUAAAAACUAAUUUAAAGAAGGAACAAAGAAUUUGACGAAUAAUUAGCGAACACAGAGUGAAGAAGCUCGCAGCUUUACUGAUGCAUUCAACGGGCUGGACUGAAUGUCAAGCAUGAUGUCCCGAUUCUGCUGAGUACAAGUGGAUACUAAGUCUUGGGUUUUUGGCAACAAGAAACAGAAGGUGAUAAGUUUUUUAAGAAUAUAAAAAAAAAUGCUGAAACAAGUCUCUGGUACCUCUACAUUCACCCCACCAAUCCCUUUCCGGAUUCUGAACAAGGGGCCAGAUUAUUUUCGAAAGCAGAUGGAGAGCAGCAGCCGGAAGCCAAGUGCUGUAGAACGACUGGAGGCUGAUAAAUUAAAAUACGUGAAGAGCCAGCAAGUAGCAAGUACCCGACAGGAGCCAGUCAAACCAAGUGUACCUGUCCUGUUACCAAAGGUCAAAAGGACCCUCCAAAGUCCCAGGAAAACCUCCAUUGCUGGGGCCAACAGGACAGAUAACUCUGAUUGGAGAGGAGCUUUAAACCUGGAGACCUUAAGAAAUUUAAUCCUCAUUUAUGAGUCACCAAACUCACCAACAAAACAGUCUAGCUCUGCUGAACAGGCUAAGGUUUCAAGCUGUGGAGACCUACAGAACCACGGUGGCCAGGAGCCUGUGAGUCACUUUGGGUCUGAGCUACGCAACAACAUCCUUGUGCCAGCCCACAAUGCAGCAGUAAGACGGGUGGAUGUGCGCCCCAGUGUGAGCAGGCGUGUCAGGAGUCCGCCAUGCCCUUCCCUUCCCAAGUCAAGACUUCCAUCUUCCAGUUCCAGGGCUUCAUCAGGGAAACUUCACCCUGAUAUGACCAAUCGACAACAAGUCUCACUGCACAGGUCCAAAUCUGAUCUCAGUGACCGCUACUCACGAGUUAGUGCCAACCUGGAGCGAUUCUUCAACUAUUGUGGUCUGGAUCCUGAGGAGCUGGAGAACAUGGGGAUGGAAUGCUUGGCCCGAGCUAGCUCUGACAUAGUGUCCCUAAAACUCUACAGUGCUAGUAACCUCAGCUCUGAGUAUGGUCCUUCUCAGUGCAGUAAUGCAAUUGAAGAGAAGCCAAAUGAGCGCAUUCCAUAUGGGAUCUCCAUCAUUGAACGCAAUGCCAGAGUCAUUAAGUGGUUGUACAGCUGCAGGGAAGCGAAGGAAUCACAGAGAGUUUCACCUGUUUAAGGCAGAAGAUACUAGGACAAUGGAGAAGAAGCAUGAACUGAGACUUCAUAAUCUUUGAUGUGGCAUUUGUCAUUUCAUUUGCAAUCUGUGAAACUCGAGCUUUAUUGUUCAUUACUGCCAUUGGCUGCCUAUUUUUAAAAGGCUGUUUAAACUUUUUUAAAGGGCUGUCUUUAUCCUACACUGUGAAAAUAAGACUGCACAAUUUCACUUAAAAUAUUUUCUGUCUGUUGAGAUAAACUGAAGGACUUGUGUGAUUUAAAAGAAAAGUAGAUCUUCCUUGAUUUAUAAGAUCAUUACAAAAAAUCUGAAAUAGGAUAACUGUGUAAAUUUACUUCUGUUUGAAUACUUAACAGUAGCAAAUAUAAAAUAAAUGUACACAGGUCAUUGAUAUUUUAGGGAAAAGACAGGAUAAACCAAAGGGUACAAACAGAUCAUCCUCCUGAAGGUUAGCCUAAAUAUGAAUAUAAUUCCUAUCUUAGACAUUAAUCUGCUGUGUCUCAAAUUUCAGCAAUUAGUAUUACCUUUUUUGUUCUUGUAGCAUUAAUAUUUCAUCUUGAGCUAAAACUAUAUUAAUUCUUUCUGAUAAUGUUUUGUAAUUGUUUUUAAGUAUCUGUUUUCUUAACACAGAUCUUUUGUAAUGAUAUAAUAAGUUUGCAAGUUGCUGUUCUGCUACUUUUUAAAUUAAAGAUCAAUACCUGUUGAUGUGAGAAAAUAUCUUUCUGUUUUGGUUUUUGGAGAAUGGACAUGAUCACCAUUGUAAAGAAAUUAAGGCAUCUGAAUUAUAAUCAAUAUUAUAUAUGAUCUGUCUAGCUAAAUUCAACCUACAGUUUGAAUUUGCAUUGUAUUGGUUAGUAACAUAAUACAAAAGGUUUUACAGUGACUACUUUCAAUAAAAGAC